CCCAAAUGGAUCUUUCAUCUGACUGUGAACAUGGUCAUUUUCGAAUUAUGUCUGGUGCUGCCACCCGCCGAGCCAUCUCUGCCGCCGCGACUGGCUUUGUCGCGGACGCUGCGUCCAUGCCACUUCAUUGGAUCUACGACGCCAACGAGCUUGCCGCGCUUGUGGCCGGAAAGGACCCAACAUUCUUCUCGCCGCCCGCGUCCAAGUACUACGACAACCCCCUUGGCUCGCUCUCUCCGUACGGCGACGAGAUCGUGUCGCUAUUGCAGUACUUGGCGUCUCACGACGAGUUCUCCCCCUCCGAGUAUACCACCACCUCGUACAACGCCAUGAAAGCGUACACGGGUCGCCUGAAUGGAGUCAUGCGCGAUUUCAUCGCGAACGUCGAGGCAGGCAAAACGUUCCCGGACGCCGCCAGCGACCACCCGGACACACAAGGACUGAACAAGGUGCCGAUUCUCGUCGCUCGGUUUGCCGGGCACCCCGACUUGCUGUCCAUCGUCCGCGACGCCGUCAAGGUCCAUCAGCAUGCGGCCAUCGCCGUCGAUACGGCCGUCGCGGGUGCUGUGAUCUUGGAGCAGGUGGUGCUGCACGGCACAUCUGUGCGAAGCGCCAUCGAGGCCGCUGCCACGAACCCCCUCGUUGAAGCGUCGAUUCGCCAGAUCGUAACAAGUGUACUCGCGGAUGUGGCCGUGUCCAAGGACGUCACGAAAGCCAUCAACACGUACGGCAAGUCGUGCCCGUUACCUGGUGCGUUGCAUGGCAUCUUAUUUGUGCUGUUGGCGAACGAUGGAGCGGUCGAACCGUCGGUGCAGUCCAACAUUGUCGCCGGCGGAGACAACGCCGGUAGGUCCAUCUUCAUUGGCGCCGUCACGGCGGCCGCGGCGGCGGAAGGAGCUGUCCCGCAGAAGUGGACCCAGAAAACUACGCGCUACGAGGAGCUGCACCCCCUUGCCGCGCAGAUCGUGGCCAAGAAUAGUUUUCUAUCCAACGCAUGAUAAACAUGUUUGUGUUGGAUUGUUCCUGGCACAAUUAAAAGUUUGCGAAAAAUAUAUAUAUUUUAGAAAUUGACCAAAGUGUACUUCGAGGUGUAUAAGUUAUGGUUACU